CUCACCUGCCCCAAGUCCACAACUACUCUUCUGUUAACACAGUUAAACCUCCAAAAACACGCAGCAUCGUUUUCAUGGCUAUCACAAAAAGAUAAGAUCCUCUCCUCCAUUAUUAUAUGCACAAACCUCCUCAUAUAUACACACAUAAACCAUAUUCAAACAAAUUCGGCUCACCCCAACAGCCAUUGAUAAAAAGCUUGAGCUGUUCAACAAGAUCUAGCCCAGCUCCAAGCUUCACAGCCAUGAAAAUGCUAAAACCGUCCCGCGAACCCUGCUCGAGCCGGUUUGAACUCCUCUCCGAGGAGAUCGUCUUCUUUAUCCUCGAUUUCCUCGACGAGGACCCGGCUGAUCGGAAAUCCUUCUCCCUGGUGAGCCGGUCUUUUCACGAAUUCGAGUCCCGGCAUAGGAGCCACCUGAAGCCCCUCCGCGCGGAGCACCUGGCGAAGGCGCUGGGCCGGUACCCUCACACGGCGGCGCUGGAUCUGUCGAUGUGCCCGAGGGUCACCGAUUUCUCGCUCGGGAUUAUCUCCGGCCGGUGCAGGGGAAUGCUGAGAUCGAUCAAUUUGUCCCGGUCGGGGUUCUUCACGCAGGCGGGACUGUCGGAUUUGGUGGCGAAUUGCGUGAAUCUGGUGGAGAUUGAUUUGUCGAAUGCGACGGAGCUCAAGGACUCCGCCAUGGCGGCGAUUGCUCAGGCGAGGAGCUUAGAGAGGCUGUGUUUGGCGAGAUGUAAGUCGAUUACUGAUAUCGGGAUAGGGUGUAUUGCUGUGGGGUGCAGGAAACUGAGGUGGCUGAGCUUGAAAUGGUGCUUGGGUGUGGGUGAUUUGGGGGUGGAGCUGAUUGCUGUUAAGUGCAGUGAUAUGCGGAGUUUGGAUCUCUCUUACUUGCCGAUCACCAGUAGGUGUGUAUCGCAAAUCUUACAGUUGCAGCAUCUCGAAGAUUUGGUGCUCGAAGGAUGUUACGGCCUUGAUGACGAUAGCCUUGCAGCCCUCAAGCUAGGAUGCAAAUCGUUGCAGAAACUGGAUAUGUCAAGCUGUCAAAACAUAAGCCACAUAGGCUUAUCUUCUCUAACCAGUCUUGCUGGAAGCCUAAAGCAGCUCAACCUCUCGUACGGUUCUCAAGUCGAUCUCGAUCUAGCUACUAGCCUGCGAAAUCUUUCCAUGCUGCAGUCCGUAAAGCUAGAUGGCUGCCAGGUCACUUGUUCCGGGCUCAAAGCCAUUGCAAAGUGGUGUGUUUCGUUAAGUGAGCUGAGCCUAAGUAAAUGCACGAGUGUAACGGAUGAAGGGCUCUCGUCAAUAGUCACCAAACACAAGGACAUGAAAAGGCUGGACAUCACGUGCUGCCGCAAAAUUACGCAUAGGUCCCUAGCCAGAAUUGCCAAUUCUUGUACCUCGCUUGUUUCUCUCAGGAUGGAGUCCUGCACGUCGGUUCCAGCCGAAGCUUUCGUUUUGAUCGGGCAGAGUUGUCGUUUUUUGGAGGAGCUUGAUGUUACGGAUAAUGAAAUCGAUAAUGAUGGUCUGAAGUCGAUAUCCAUGUGCGCUCGGCUCACGAGCUUGAAACUAGGAAUCUGUUUAAACAUAACCGACGAGGGGCUUAUCCAUAUCGGCAAGCGAUGUUCACAGCUCAAAGAGAUAGACUUAUACAGAUCAGCUGGAAUUACAGACUCGAGUAUUUCAGCCAUAGCUUGCGGUUGCCCACGACUCGAGAUGAUCAACAUAGCCUAUUGCGAUUUCAUUUCUGAUAGCGCGCUGAUGUCACUAUCAAAAUGUUCGAAACUGAACACGCUCGAAACUCGAGGCUGCUCUCUUAUUACAUCCUCUGGACUAGCGGCUGUUGCCGUGGGUUGCAAACAGCUUUCCAAAUUAGACAUUAAAAAGUGUGGAAACAUUGACGAUGCUGGAAUAAUUAAUCUUGCAAACUUCUCUCAAAACCUCAAACAGAUAAAUCUGUCGUAUUCUUCUGUCACGGAUGUGGGACUUUUAUCACUCGCGAGUAUAAGCUGUUUGCAAAGCUUAACUGUUCUCCACCUGGAAGGUUUGACACCAAUCGGGCUUUGUGCUGCACUUUUGGCGUGCGGUGGAAUAACUAAAGUGAAGCUUCACUCCUCGUUUAAACCUCUUUUGCCUCAACGCUUUUUCCAACAUUUGGAGGCGCGUGGCUGCACUUUUCAGUGGAGAGCAAAAACAUUUCAGGCCGAGCUAGAUCCCAAGUGUUGGAAAUAUCAGUUGGCCGACGCAGAAUAAGGUUUUUUGCUGAGACUUCAAUCACAAGAUAAUGUGGUGGGUUUUGCUGUAUUUUUGGAGAUAGGUCCUUUGCAAAGUAGUAAAGAUCUGCUGUGUUUUGGAGAUAGUUUUUUUUGGGGCAUAAGCAUUUGAAAAUUGAAGGCAUAUUAGAUAUUAUAAAGCCACUUGAAAUUUGCUUGAGGGAAAAGUUAAAGUUAUGUAUGGCUGACUCUCUUGGCCCAGUGUGAAUUAAUUAUGAGACAAUUUGUAUAUGUGAUUGUGAACCAUCUGAGUCUGAAGAAACUUCAUCCCCUCUCUUAGGACAAAAGUCUUGGAAAUUUCAUUGUACUUAAAUUUUGUUGUCUUUAUUAAUCAUUCAUGGCAGUAUUUAUCUCUUAUUCUACUUUGAUAUCCAAAUUCAUUCAAUUUGACAAAGGUGUGACACAAAAAGUAAUUUUAA